GUGAACAGCCUGAGGUCGACGAAGGAGGCGAAGCGGAUGGUGGUGGUGCUGCUGUCUCUUGUAUGCCUGCCUGGAAGAAAGCACAGCAGGCAGUUGGUUCUUCCUACACCAGAGCAUUGCUGACACCACGGCUGCACCUUCCUUCUCGCUCAGAGUGCUACUCAGCAGAACAUGGCACACGCUCUAGCGAGAGCCCGGGGCGCGGCGGCCUUCUUCCAGGGCUCGCUGACCAUACGAGCAUCUUUCCAGGAGGGCACAACUGCAGCCAUCAGUGUGCAAACCCCUUUCUGCGGGCACUCCGGCACUUUUCCAAGGUUCUCCGAGCUCCCCGUCAGCUUUCAGCGGUGGCAGUCACAGAGCUCCUCAGGCAGUCAUUCUCAAAAGGUGUCGGUGGUGGCGAAUGGAGCGCAGGCGCCAGUGUCGGGGUUCGGCCAUGGAUGCGCUUCGGAAGGGCCGGUUUCCUCUGGAGCCUCAGUCUCCCGCGAAACAGUGCGGUCUACUUUCGAUGGGGCCACCUUAGCCGCAACCGAAAGUGGCGCAGCGCAAAAUGGAGUUCACAACGCUCACUCUCAUUGUUCUCCAGAUGAUCCCCAUCCUGGCAGCUCUUUAGGUGAUAAAAGCGGGGGCGCAAGUGACGCGCUAACUUUAGUGGUUGUUGGGGGGGGCGCCGCGGGCAUUUUUGGUGCCAUUCGGGCCAAGGAAGCGUGUCCUGAUCUGGAGGUGGUUGUGCUUGAAAAGAGUGCCCCGCUCUCAAAGGUGCGCAUCUCGGGGGGCGGGCGGUGCAAUGUGACCACAGGGCUUCAUAUUGAACCGGGGCCACUAUCGGGCCAGUACCCUCGGGGCCAUCGGGAGCUGCGCGGGGCCUUCUUUCGGACGCACGGACCAAAGGAGACAGUAGAGUGGUUCGAGGCGCGAGGGGUGGCUCUGAAGAAAGAAGACGACGGGCGCAUGUUCCCCGUCACCAACACUUCAGCGACCGUCAUAGACUGCCUGCUGAGUGAGGUGCAGCGCCUCGGCGUCAAGCUGAGAAACGGCACCAACGUGCUGUCAGUCCGGAGGCUGCCUGGGGGGCACUUCGAAUUGACGUUGGGGCCCGUUACACGGCCCAGCGUGAUGACGUCAGACUUCCUGAUGCUGGCAACGGGGAGUGCCCAGAGGGGGUAUGAGCUGGCGGGAGCCUUGGGCCACACCGUCAUCGACCCCCGGCCGAGCCUGUUCACAUUCUGCACGCCUGAUACGGACCUUACAGCACUUGCGGGAGUAAGCUUUCCGCAAGUUGGGGGGGAGCUCCACUUGGAGGGACAGAGGAAGCCACCCCCCGGUUUGCAACAGGAAGGUCCGCUGCUGAUCACGCACUGGGGCCUGAGUGGACCGCUGGUGUUAAAACUCUCGGCUUGGGGGGCCCGGGGCCUCUUUGACACUGCGUACAAAGGCUCGCUGGUCGUCGACUUCCUCCCGGGCAUGCAAGCCGCGGCGGUCGCUCAGGAGAUGCUCGCGUACAGAACGCGCGCAGGGAAGAAGAAGCUCGCGAGCGGAGGCCCGCCCGCGCUCGACCUGCCGCGGCGCUUCUGGCUGUACCUGCUGCAAAAGGAGGGGUUGGACCCUGAGUUGACGUGGGCUCAAGCUCCGGGCAAGCCCCUCCAAAAACUGACGGACUCGCUCAAGCGACGACCGUUUAUCAUCGCCGGAAAGGGUCAAUUUAAAGAUGAGGUCGUUAAGGCCGGAGGGGUGCCGCUGAAGGAGGUGACGCUCGCCACGAUGGAGAGCCGCGUGUGCCGGGGGCUCUUUUUGGCAGGCGAGCUCCUUGACGUGGACGGCGUCACGGGGGGGUUCAACUUCCAGAACGCUUGGACGGGAGGAUACAUUGCAGGCUCCACCAUUGCAAGGGCUGCCGGGGAGUUACUUGCAGCAGCAGGCACGCACCUCGAGUUUGAAGAAGAGGCCCAGGCAGCAAGUUGCUGAUUGAUUUAUUACAAGGACAUUCAGUCGGUUCUGCACUUUGUGAGAGAUAAGGGCCAGAUCGUCGAGAUCCUCUCCUUCUGCUGCG